AUGGAUACGAUGACACCACAAUCAAGACUACACCGCGCCCUCAACCUGCUCAAAUACAUAAGCAAACCUUCCCCUAUAGUCACAAUCGAGCUGGAUAAGAAUACUUAUGGCCUGGAAAACGCUUAUACCACAUUUGAUCGGAUCCAAGGAACGGUGAUCAUUACCGUGGAUUCGGAGACUCCACUCGAGAAUAUCAGCAUUACUUUUGAAGGUACUGCCAAGGUAUCCAUCGGGCGCGAGACAUGUACCCUUAGUAACACUGAAGCUACGCAGACAUUUCUGCAGCUCAAACAACCUGUCACUCGAGGUAUAGACAGCGUACCGAAGAUACUCCAACCAGGAUGCUCUUAUAAACUUCCAUUCACCUUUGUCGUUCCUCAAUAUCUGCCUUGCCAAUCCUGCAAUCACAAUAUCAGCUGCUCGGACCUCAAACAAGCCCAUCUUCAGUUACCCCCGACGCUCGAUGAUCCCAAACUCGGACAUGGGAAAAGACCAACCCUAGAUUAUGUUUCCUCUGGAAAGUGCCACAUAUCAUACCGCGUGCGAGUGGUUCUUUCAAAGGGCUCUAUACCAGGAACUACAAGACGGACCCGGCUUGUGGACUGCGCUAAGAGUGUGCGGGUUCUUCCCAUCUCUAUGCAUGCACCACACCCGGGGCUACCCAUAGUCAGCUCAGAUACCUAUACACAGAUGGAACAAAGCCUUAGCCAAGGGUUCGCGCAGCCUGGCUUGGGGGAGCUAAUCACGGAAGCUUCACAUAUCCCUCCAAUUUCGCUCCACUACCCAAUUGACAAGGAUGGCGCGCAUACGGCAGUGCGUCUCAAUUUGCGAUUCAACCCUACAAUAGAUGCAGCGCCUCCUCAGUUGAAGAAGGCAUCGGCCAAAUUUCAAAUCUCCACAUUUUAUAGUCCUGUUCCAUGGGAGGAUUACCCAUCUUGGACGGACAGGGGACUCGUCAAUGGAUGGGACCGAGGAGCAUUUACUGAUACAUUUCCCAUCAUGGCAUUUUCGAUGGGGUCAGUCCAGUGGGUGAAACAUCAGGACAUGGGUGAUGAGCACCGAAUUCAAGGACAUGACGGAGAAUCAUUGUCGGAUCAUACAGCACCACGCAAUGGUAGUCGAAGCUACUAUACAGCGUCUAUUGUCUUACCUAUCGUCCUACCACCCAGGAUGACUUCUAUACCGACCUUCCAUUCUUGUUUAAUCUCCCGCACUUACAAUAUUAAUCUUCGCCUUUCUUUCCACACGCCCAAACCCGCUCUACAAACCGCUAGUACUACUAUUAAGGUACCUCUGAUGCUACAGUAUGUAUCCAAUAAUCACCAUACCAGCUUAGUCCAUGAGGAAUCAGAUGCUUCUGAUUCCACUGUUAUGAAUGUUCUCCCGCCGCCGGAAUACACUGCUACAGCGUGA